UCUGGGUUACGUCGUCGUCCGUCCUGCACGUUGACAUUGGAAUAGCAUCCGAACAGACAACACUUCUCACCUGACUUCUCUCAAAGGACAGGAUGGGAGCCUCCUUCUCCACACCUGCUGCUCCUACAGUGAAGGCAGAGGCCAUGAUGGCUGCUCCUCCUCAGGGCUGCCCCAUGCAUCAAGAGGCCCAGCCUGUCAAAGUGUCUCCACCUUCUGAGUGUCCCAUGCAUCAGUCUCAGCCUGUGAAAGUGUCUCCUCCAUCAGAGUGUCCCAUGCACAAAGCAGAAGCAGGUCCAGCUCACCAAGACCGAGCCUAUGAGUUUGUUGAGUGUCCGAUGAAAGCGGCAGCAGGCAUGAACAGUGACAUCGACCCUUCAAACAUGAUGCCUCCUCCUAACCAAAUACCAGCUCCUGACCAACCUUUCGACCUGUCGCUCAGAAGAGAGGAGUCGAACAUACCCCGACACAACUCUGAUAAGAACUGGGUUUACCCAUCUGAGCAGAUGUUUUGGAAUGCCAUGCUGCGGAAAGGGUGGCGCUGGCGUGAGGAUGACCUUGCUGCUCAAGACAUGACCAACAUCAUUAAAAUUCACAACAAAAACAAUGAGCAAGCCUGGCAGGAGAUCCUGAAAUGGGAGGCUCUACAUGCACAGGAAUGUCCAUGUGGGCCAACACUGAAGAGGUUUGGUGGUAAAGCCAAAGAGUUUUCACCCAGGGCUCGCUUCCGCCACUGGAUGGGCUAUGAGCUGCCUUUUGACCGCCACGAUUGGAUCAUUGACCGCUGUGGGAAGGAGGUUCGCUAUGUCAUCGACUACUAUGAUGGGGAAAUCAACAAAGAAACCUACCAGUUCUCCAUCCUGGAUGUACGUCCCGCCUUUGACUCUAUAGAAGCCGUCUGGGACCGCAUGAAGGUGGCUUGGUGGCGCUGGACCUCCUAAGGGACUUUAAUACGACAUAUAUAUAUAGGUCACAUGAUGAGAACGGUGAAACUGGCACUCCUCCUUUCUGCUCUCUACAUGAAGGUGUGAUGUGUAAAGAACCCUUAAACGAAACUCAUGAAGAAAAAGAAACAGACUGUGCAAGCAAAACCUCACUCAGGCUGUAAGAAGCUUCAUCUGCUAAUUCUGUUGAUAUCACUUCAAAGUGUCAUUUUUGGUUUAUAUUCUAAUAGAGCAUGUACAUCUGAGCUAGUGGAAGUGUUUGUCAAACCGGCUACACGGGACUCACACUGCCUCUGAGAAAGAGCCCAGUCUGCUCUCAUUUCAGAAAGUAAAUAGAAAAUAAAUUAGUGUCAGGAACACUCCACCUAUUCUAAAAUUUAGCCAUUGGGGUAAAUUCUCCCCUUGGAAGAGACAAAAAUAGUUGUGAAGUGUCUUCAGCGGCCAUCUAGAGUUUGCGUAGGUCAAAGAAAAUAGCCCUCUCUGAAAGGCUCUCAGCCAGGAUUGUAGGCCUGAACAGAGCAAAUGUAUAACCGAACGAAAUCUUUAUUAUAAACGGAGGUGAUAAGUAGGAAUGUGUGGCCACAAGGGGGAAAAGAUAGAUGUGAUUGCUGUGCAUCUUGGGAGAUGUAAUGUCUAGUGUGUUUGGAUCUUUGUCUAAUUGGUACCAAAAGUCAGAAUGCAUAUGCAUGUGCUGAGUUCUUUUAUUACUUAAGACAUCCUCAUGCUAACACAGCGUACAUGAUAAUGCAGAACUGUGUAAUUGUACUGGGUACUACCAUCUUGCUGUAGUAGCACAAAAGCAUCUGUUGACAGCAGUAUUUAGAGUUGGUUUAACAGCGUCAGAUGGCUGCUGAUGAAAGAAUCAGAUGAUUUUAACUUUUUUAGUUCAAAGGUUAGAUGUCAGUUACAAUAAGAGCCUUAUUUAGAGAGUCAGGAGAAAAACUUGGCCAACUGCCACAUAUUUAGGAUAUGGUGCUGUCCAAACAAUUUAAAAGCUGCAUUUGAAAAUCACAGACUGGUGGCCACAUUAUCCAGAUCACCAAGAAGAGCAGGAUUUCCUACCACUAUAUUCCUCUGUGCAGCCAGUGAAUCGGUGCCCACUUCUUCAUGAAGACGAGGCUUGAGUUUUCAUGACUGUUGAAGCUGUUGACUGUUCCUCAGGAUUUUCCCACCGCCCUUAACAUUGAAAAUAAAAGUCAACUUGUGAUUUUAGAUGUAGGAAAUUGUACAGUUCUUCCAUCAGCCUUCAUACAAACACAGAUGAUGUUGGAUGCUACCACAGUAAUGUCGACAUGUCAACUCCCGAGAUUUAUCUUCAAGCUGAACAAUUUAAGAUACUGUAGACUUCUCUGUUUUUGCUUCUGAUUAAAUAAAUCUCAUAUGGCAGCUUUAAAUAAAUGAAUAAUUCUCAGAGCAAAGGUCUAGCCCCAGGUUCCACCACCACCUCCUUUAAAAAAAAUUGCAAGCCACAUUACUGAACAGUACUCCGGCCCUCACUAUCCUACAUUGCAAAAAGGAUCUUUUGGUCUCUUUCCUGUGAUAUGAAGUGUUUUUGUUUAGUGCGCUUAAGAUAUUAAGACACCCUUAUGGGAUAACCAGUUUCUUUUCCAAGAUAACAGGAAAAGGAAGUCAAAAUCUUGAGAGCAACCAAAUUUUAGUCUUUGUCAUGGCAAAACAAAAAAUACACAGGUGUAAGCCCACUCAGGGCCUUAUAGAUCCACUGAAGCCCCCCCCCCAGUUUAGAUUCACUGCUUUAGUUGCAAACUCAAACCUCUUAACAAAUGUAGAAAGAUUUAAUGGCAAAACAAUUUAGGACCUCAGUUAUAGAAGCAUCCAGGAGUCACUGUAGUAGAUUUAUCCUUUUGUUUAAAUUCUAUAAAUAUGUUUUCAUUGGGCUGUCUGACAAACCCCUUAAAUGUAAUACUUGGAGGUUCUAUUUCAUUUUGAGAAACAAAUCUUGUAACUGGCUUGUAAAUGUAACCUUUCACAACCUCGUAAAUCCUUUUUCUUUUCCAUAAACGUCCAAAAACAUUUGAUUACCAUUUUAGGACUCUCCAGGCAGACUGAGAGCUGGCGAUGGUUCCAGUGGCAGUAUGAGUCGAAUGAUUUCUGUCUCACUUUAACUUGUCUGACUUCUCUCUGGAGAAUUCUCAAAGAAUCCACUCACUUCCAUCCUAUCUUUUUCACCAGUAAAGAGUUUUAGGUCCACCAAUAAGGAAAUCCUCAUUGGUGCGAUGGGUUUGUCUGAUUACCUUGAUACUUGUGUCAUGGGUUAUGGGUGUGUUAGUCUAGUUUGGGUAAGAAUGGAACGUGAGGAUACAUAGUUAUUUUUUUAAAGAACAUGAAUGGGUUUAACCUUUGCUUUUUUGACCCUGUCACUCUUUUCCUUCUCGUUAGAAUCAUCUUCCUUCAUUUGGACAUAAGGCGCAGAUGACUGAAGCUUGUGUUGAGGCAAAAUUGAAAGCUAUCAAUUUCUCAAAUACUCUUUAACAGACACCCUCUGCCUUUUUAGUUUCCUGAUUCUUGUUAGAAGGUAUAAUGGUUCUCUGGGAUGUUCUGUGUCCAGUGUGCUCUGGUAUAUAUCUAAUUUUGUUCUUGAAUUGUUUAAGAUAUUAACUGUGUAACAUUUCAUCUCCAGCUUCUCCUGUCAGACAUCUGUCUCAUCUCUGGCAUGUAUUGUUUUUUUUCUUAAUUUGCUGAUAUCCAGAUUUUUAUUUAUUGUUCGAUGAAUGAGCGUACACUUCUGUGUGCAGAAUCUUAAUGCUUUUGUUUCAACAUGUCGAAUUUUAAAUUGAUUUUACUAGCUCUGUUGCUACACUAAACUAUCAAUAAAGCUGGUUGUCUUCUUCCUCUAAA